CUCCACCCACCACUAGUCACAAGUGUGCGUCCGGCUCCAGUCCCAGUCCCAGUCCCACCUGAGUGCUGCCCAACUGCUCUCCUCUCCUGACUGAAUCUUGGUGGGAUAGGAGAGCAGAGGAGAGGAGAGAUGGGCCUCGGCGGCGGCGGCGGGGAGGGGGUCCUGGCCGUGGUGCCCAUGGAAGCCAUCCCGAUGGCCGAGCCGCAGAUCGUCGCCGGCGGCAAGAUCGUGGGCCUGCGGGCGGACCUGCUCGACUGCCAUAACUGCCGCCUCCCCCUCAAGCCCCCGAUAUUCAAGUGCGACGCCGAGCACCUCGUCUGCUCCUCCUGCCGCGGCCUCCACGGCGAGGCCUGCGGCGGCCGCGCCGCCGUCCACUCCGCCCUCGCCGACAUCUUCGCCGCCGCCGCCACCGUGCCCUGCGGCUACGAGCGCUACGGCUGCGACGCGGGGGGCGUCGUGUACCACGAGGCCGCCGACCACCGCCGCGCGUGCCAGCACGCGCCCUGCUGCUGCCCGGACCGCGCGGGCGCGGCCGGUAUCGGGGGCUGCGGCUUCGUCGGCUCCCGCCAGGAUCUGCUCGACCACAUCUCCGGCCCCGACCACUCGCGCCCCAUCAUCGUAGUCCGCUACGGCCAGCCCUGGAACCUCAGCCUGCCGCUCUCGCGCCGCUGGCACAUCCUCGUCGGCGAGGAGGACAAGGCGGUGGCCGCCGCCGCGGGCGCCGACCGGCACCGCAACCUCUUCCUCGUCUCCCUCGGCGAGCGCGGCGCGACCACGGCCGUGUCGCUGGUGUGCGUCAGGGCGGACGGCACGGCGCCGAGCGCGCCGCAGUUCGCGUGCAAGCUCGCCGUGGAGAGCGACGGCUGCAGGCUGACCCUGGAGUCGCCUCUGGUGUGCAGCAGUUCCCUGUCCGGCGGCCUGCCCGCCGAGGUCAAGUGCCUGCCUGUGCCCAAAGACUUUCUCUCCGGCGACAGUGUGCCCCUCAGCAUCCACAUCGAGAAGCUUCCGGCUCCCCCUGCUCCUCCUCUAGGACUAGGAAUUGCGCCGGCCUGUACUUCCCCGGUCGCCGCCACUCCUCCUCCUUGCCCGGCCGCCACCAUCCCACCUUCUCGUCCGUCCUCCGGCUCCUCCGACAACGUCGCAGUCAAGACGGUGAUAACAGAUCAGAGCUACAAGAAACGGAAGUCUGCCAACCCAAGGAAGCUGUAGGGAGGAGGACGAUGGGCCGGAGUAGUACGAUGAUGAAUGGCCGACUAGUAGUAUGCAUAGCAAUAAGCUACGUAUUAUUUUGUAAUGUGCAAUCAGUGUUCUGUUUCUUUAAUCUGAUGAUGAAGUUCAUGGUUUUUUAGUCUGAAAUAACCAGACAGCCUGCAUUCCCUUU